AUGUCGUCUUCGAAGGGCUCCAAAGCGGCCAAGCGCAACUUGCUCGACGACACCGAUUCCGAGUCCGAGAAUGGCGGGGCCACUGUCGAGUCCGGCUUUCAAGUAAACGAAGACUUCGCUCGUCGAUUUGAACACAACAAGCAGAGAGAAGAGAGACAAAAACGCACGUCUUUCAUCGAAGAGAAACUCAAUAACGAGGACGACGAAGACUCCUCCGACAGUGAGAGUGAAGACGAGAAUGGCUUCCUUGCCACCGAAGAUCUUGACGCCCAGAUUUCCGCUACUCUUCAAGCAAUCAAAAACAAGGACCCGCGAGUCUACGAUAAGGACCAGACAUUUUACAAGCCUGACGAGGAGACCGCCGACGCCAAUAAGGACAAACAGGACAAGCAGGACAAGCCUGUCUAUCUCCGCGACUACCACCGAGAAAAGAUCCUACGGGGAGAUACGGGGGCUGACAACGAAGAUGAGCAGCCUCAGACAUACGAUCAAGAGCAAGAAGCGGCCAAGAAAGACUUCCUUUCCGGAGUCAACAACGCCGCAGGGGAGAUAGACUCGGACUCGGACUCAGACGACGGGUUUAUGAUCAAGAAGAAAAAGUCGACAGAUGCACCGGUCAAGUCCUCCAAUGGCAUUCACCCCUCCCGGUCGACGAAAAUCAAGGUCUCCGGCGCCGAUGUCUCCAGCGCUGAUAAGGACCCCGAGACUUUCCUGUCCAACUUCAUGGCCGCCCGCGCCUGGGUCGAAGAGGAAGGCGGCCGCUGGAAGGCCUUUGAGUCCGACGACGGCGAAGACGACGACCGCGCCGACGAGUUUGAGCAGGCGUACAACCUGCGCUUCGAAGACCCCGCGAAGAGCCGAGAGGUGCUGCGCUCGUACGCGCGCGACGUCACCAACUCGCGCUCCGUGCGGCGCGACGACGCCACCGGCCGCAAGCGCCAGCGCGAGCUGGAGCGGGAGCGCAAAGAAGCCGCCAAGGCGGAGCGCGCCGAGGAAAAGGCGCGCCGGCGCAAGCUCAAGCUCGACGAGGCCGAGAAGAAGCUGCGCAAGAUCAAGCAGGCCGCCGGCGCCGUCGGCAAGGCGCUGUCCGACGAGGAGUGGAUGAGCUUCCUCGACGGCGCGUGGGAGAAUGAUAACUGGGAGGCGGAGAUGCAGAAGCGCUUCGGCGACGACUACUACGCCAUCCGGGACGAUGCGGCCGCCAGCUCGGACGACGAAGCAGCUCGGACGUCGUUCAAGAAGAGCAAGCCCAAGAAGCCCACGUGGGACGACGACAUUGACAUUGAGGACAUUGUCCCCGAAUUUGAGAGCGAAGUGGCCAAGGGCAAACUGGCCCUCAGCGACGCGGAAGAGGAGGCCGCGGAAGGAGACGAAGAGGACGACGAGGCCGCUCCCGCGAAAAAGAAGCGUAAGACGGCCGACAUCAAAAAAGAGCGCAUCGAAACCCAGAGAAAAUCAAAAAAGGAGCGCGCCAAGCUCGAGGCCCUCGUCGAGACCCAAGUCGAGCUCACCUCGCACGACCUCCUCCGCUCCUCCACCUCCACCUUCCGGUACCGCGAGACGUCGCCCCAGUCCUUUGGCAUGACGGCGCGCGACAUCCUCCUCGCGCCGUCGGACCAGGUCCUCAACGACUACGCCGGCCUCAAGAAGCUCGCCUCCUUCCGCGACCCCGAAAAGAAGCGCCGCGACCGCAAACGUCUCGGGAAAAAGGCGCGUCUCCGCCAGUGGCGCGCCGACACCUUUGGCCGCGACUACGCCACCACGGGCCCGACGUUUGGCUUUGAGCGCUACGCCGAGGCCCACGAGGACGAGGAGCAGCAGCAGCAGCAGCAGCCGUGGAGGAAGCAGAACACAGGGGACGAGGCAGGCGGUGAGCAGCAAGCGUUGCCGGGAAAGAAGAAGAGGAAGCGGUCCAAGAACAAAAAGACGGCCGAGGCGGAAGCAUAA